AGCCAAUUACAUGAAAUUUGCACAAGUGAUAAACACGUUCCCUCUUUCGCAAGCUUCAUUUCAGUGUUGACGAACUUUGAAGGUUUUGUAGACGAGGGAAUGUCUAAAAUGGAAGCUGUGGUCGAAGGAAGCAACAAGUUCACGGUGGAUCUCCAUAAGGUUCUCAAAAAUGAGCAAAACUUCGCUGGCAAAAAACUGUUCUAUUCGCCAGGCAGUCUGAGCAUAGCACUAGCCAUGACCUCUUUGGGAGCCAGAGGAGACACAGCUACGCAGCUGGCCAAGGCACUACAUUGGAAAGAAAUCCCCUCACUCCACGAUGAAGAAAAACAUUUUCUUGAAGCUCUCCAAGCCGCAAACACCGCGAGUAACGAGCUCCUCACUGCCAAUCGAAUUUUCCUUCAAAUGGACUACAACCUGUUGGAAGACUUCGUGGACGAGAUGAAAAAUUUCUAUGGUGCUGAAGUAGGAAUGGUUGAUUACCAGGACGAUACAGAAAACGCUAGGAAACAUGUGAACGCUUGGGUGGAAGAGAAAACGAAACAGAAAAUUCAGGAUAUGAUUCCCUCGGGAGUAUUCAACACCCGCACUCGACUGUCCCUGGUGAAUGCAAUCUACUUCAAGGGAUUUUGGCAAAACCAGUUCAAAAAAGAGGAGACUUUCAAACAGAAUUUCUUCGUCUCCGAAAGUGAAAAGACCGAAGUAGAGAUGAUGCACCUGACGAAAAGGUUCAAGCAUGCUGAAGAUGGUGGGGAGCUUGCCUGUCAGAUUCUUGAGAUGCCUUACCAAGGAGAAGACCUUUCCAUGGUCAUCCUGCUGCCCCAUGCCACCUAUGGAUUGGCCAAGUUGGAGGAAAGCCUCACCCAUGAAAGAUUACAACAGGCUCUGGCGACUGUAUCACAGUCACACCCAGAAAAGGUAGAGGUGUCCCUGCCAAGAUUUAAGCUGACACAGCAGUUUCAACUCAAGGAAAUUCUAAUUAAGAUGGGAGUAACAGAUAUGUUUAGUGAGUUUGAGGCUAAUUUUUCAGGCAUAAUCCGAGGUCCUGAGAGGCUCUACGUGUCCCAUGUCGUUCACAAGGCAUUUGUCGAAGUGAACGAGAAGGGCACAGAAGCAGCAGCGGCCACAGCAGUGGUCAUGAUGUCACGAGCGGUUAGUCCAGUGUUCGAUGCCAGCUUCUGUGCUGAUCAUCCAUUUCUGUUCAUGAUUUGUCAUAGGAAGUCCAGUGCAAUUUUGUUCAUGGGUCGCUUUGUGAAACCAGAAUAAAACUAGUAAAACAACAUGCACUUUUAAUUUAGACAAUUAAACAUAGUUAAAAUGUUGCUGCCUAGGUGGAACUUGGAACUCUUAAAGCGGAUAGUAAUAAAAAAAAAAGUAAUGUAUGCAGUUUAUUCCUAAUAAAUAUUGCUUCAACUGGAUUAUGA